CUGCUUCCCUGGGCGGCGGGCAGGCGGGCACCUCCCCGGGCAGCGGCGGGAGCACCGGAUGCAGUGUCCACUCUCUCCCCAGGCUUCCGGCCCGCGUCGCUCGGAUGGCGGCUCCUCCAGGGGUGGCGGCCCCCUCCCCGCAGCAGGACCCUCGGUAGCGCCCCGGCCCCGGCCCCGGCCCCGGCCCCGGCAGCCAGCGAGCCCGAAGGCGGCAGCGGAGGAGACCAGGGAUGGGACCGGCCGGGGGCAAAGCCGAGGCGCUGGGCCUCUCCCCCCCCCCCCCCGCCCCAGGGUAGGGGAGGGUGUCACAGCGUGGUGCCCCCUUCCCCGCCUAGAUCCCAGCGACAAGAUCAUCAGCGAGCCCCUCAAGCACCAAGACUUUUUCAAUGUCAAGGAACUGUUUUCUGUGAGAAGUCUGUUCGAUGCCCGGGUUCACCUCGGGCACAAGGCUGGCUGUCGCCAUAGGUUUAUGGAGCCAUACAUUUUCGGGAGCCGCCUGGAUCAGGACAUCAUAGACCUGGAGCAGACUGCCACACACUUGCAGCUGGCCUUGAACUUCACCGCCCAUGUGGCCUACCGCAAAGGCAUCAUCUUGUUCAUGAGCCGUAACCGGCAGUUCUCAUACCUGAUUGAGAAAACAGCCCAGGCGUGUGGCGAGUAUGCCCACACCCGCUACUUUAAGGGUGGCCUGCUGACCAACGCUUCCCUCCUCCUGGGCCCCGGGGUGCGCCUGCCGGACCUCAUCAUCUUCCUACACACACUCAACAAUGUCUUUGAGCCCCACGUUGCCAUCCGAGACGCAGCUAAGAUGAAUAUCCCUACCGUGGGCAUCGUUGAUACCAACUGCAACCCCUGCUUCCUCACCUACCCCAUCCCCGGCAACGAUGACUCGCCCCCUGCCAUCCAGCUCUUCUGCAACCUCUUCCGUACCGUCAUCAACCGGGGCAAGGAGAAGCGGAGGCAGGUGGAGUUACUGUACCGGCUGCAGGGCCAGAAGCAGGCAGAGGGCCAGGGACCUAUGGACCCACCUUCCUUGGACAUUCCGGCCAGAUUUGAACAAGUCCCAUGAUGUAACUCACAUCUCCCAAAUAAAAACAGCAGCUGGGUCUGAUCUUAA